UGCGCUGGGCCGGAUUGACUUGCUGGAGCCUCUGCUAGGGGAGGAAAGUGACAGCCUGACCCAGGGGAGGACGAGCGGAGCAGGGGAGCUGCGUGCAGGGAUGGAGGUCGGCUCUGUGGUCCGUGCAAUCUUUGAUUUUUGCCCCAGCGUGGCUGAGGAGCUGACGCUUUUUGCUGGGGAUGUCAUUGAGGUUUCGAGUGUCAUAGAUGAGUUCUGGCUGCUUGGGAACAAAGGAGGUAUCACAGGGCAGUUUCCGGUUAGCUUCGUGGAGGCGUUGACGGUCCCCAGCAUGAAACACGGGGAGAGACUGUAUGUUUGCGUCAGUGAUUUCACGUCCCACGAGCCCGGGGCUCUUAGUCUCCAAAGAGGAGACCUUGUGGUCCUGGAGGGGUCGUUGGCAUCGAGUUGGCUGCAGGGAAGGAAUUGUUGGGGUUCAAGAGGAUUUUUUCCAUUAUCAUGCAUUCAGGAGUUUAUCCUGUCGUCAAGAAGCCGUAAACUUUGUCAGAACUUCACAUCGGAUCUUCCAAACUACGCAAUAGGCCAAGCGAGAGCUAUCAUGGGACUCUCCGCUCAGCUGGAAGAGGAGCUAGACUUUCGAGAAGGAGACAUUAUCACCAUAACCAGAAUUCCUGAACCUGGCUGGUUUGAGGGUGAGCUGAGUGAAAGAAGGGGCAUUUUUCCUGAAGGCUUUGUGGAGCUGCUGAGCCCUCUGAGGGUUACUGACAGUCAGGCUGUACCGGCUAUUAAUAAUGAGGAUUUUCAAUGUAAUAACAGGGGGAUAGCCCAGGUCCCUGUGGAAAGUGAAGAGAACAAUAAAAACACGAAAGAAGGGGAAUGCCACGAAGACAUUUUUGCUAUUGCACUUUAUAAAUUUGAAGCUUUGGAGAUGAAGGAGCUUGAUUUUGAUGUGGGAGACAGGAUUAAAAUAAUUGGAACAUUAGAAGAUGGAUGGCUGGAAGGAGAAUUGUAUGGCAAAAAGGGGAUUUUUCCUCACAGAUUUGUAAAAUUUGAGGGUACAGAAAAGGCUCCUCGUCAGGAUCUUCCAGCGGAAAUCGAGACAGACAAUGUUCCCUACGAUCCUAUAAGUUAUUUUGAUGUUUCCUCCUCGCACGUACAGCGUGAAACAGAUCCACAUUAUUGGGAUGUUCAUCUAGACAAUAGUUUGUCGUCCACAACUGGUGGCUCUCAGGAGAAACUGGAAAACUUUGACGCAAAUCCGUGUAACAAGGAAAUGCUCCAUGACGAUUAUGAGACGAUAAACAGCAUUUCUUCCAAACCCCAGCUACCUCCUCGUCCACAGAGUAAGGCCUACAGUUCUUCUUCACCGCAGACACCUGUGCGAGUGAGCAAAGAAGAUCUACAUGAAAGAAGAGGGAAAAAGCAUUUACUUAAUGGUGCACAGGAGAAAUGGUCUUCAAAGAAGGCUUUCUCUUUAAUGUCCGCAGACGAACAAGCUCGAGUUCAGAACAAUUGCGCUGAAGCACCAAAAAGUAAAUGGAAAAAUAGCCAGCGCUGUGAAGAUGUUGUUAAUUGGGUAGAGGAUCAAAGGCAUAAAUCUAAGAUUUCUUCUUCUUCUACCUCCAAAUAUAAACACAAGAGCUCUGGAACUUGGUCUGCCCCGUUAACAACCGGAAGGGAGAGCCCAGGUGAGGAAAAGUAUACGAGCGGAACGGAAUUAAUUGAUUUAGACUCUAAGCUGUCGGAGCAGCUAUCAGAAUUCGAGAAAAGUCUUUCCAAUCCCAGAGGAAAUGGUAACACGAAGGUUUCAAGACAUUUUUCUAUUCUUGAUUACAAUUCAGAAACGGAUAUUAUUCGAGGAUCACCUCAACUGACCAAGCCUAAGAAAUCUCCAGAAAAGAGAAGAAUACUAAGACCACCACCGCCCCGACCUCAUUCAAGAGCUAGCUCAACAACGUAUUUAUCCGUCAAACCUACUCCACACAGAAACGAACGCACACAGAAUACGUCCCCUGCUUUGUCAUUCAAACCAUCCAGACCUGCACCGCUACCUCCGCCAUGCAAUCGGAGAAAUACACCAUCGCCAAAACCACAACCAAGACUGGACACACCAGUUGAAAACAUUUUAUCAUCCGAUGUUCAGGAUGAUGGAGAUUCCACUGACGAUGUAAACACGCUGGAAAAGGAAAGGCAUUCUCCGUGCCCGUUUUUGCUCUUAAAGAUCGAAGAAGUGGAACGAGAACUGGAAACUUAUAGGAAGACGCGGGAGGAGCUCGGCUUAAUGCUUGAGGAAGACCAAGAUGAAAUAACAAGAGCGGAGACUAUCGAAAACUUAGAGUUUUGUGACUCAAACAUUGAAAGUUUGGGUCUGGAGCUUCAGGAGCUUAAAGAUAUGACUCUUCUGUCUUCCCAACCAGAGGCUCUGGAUGAGAGUCCAUCUGCUGCGUCUGCUGUUGAGAACUCGGAGCAGAGGAUGCAGGAGAAGAGGUCAAAGGUCUUGGAGGAGCUGCUACAGACAGAGAAGGAUUACCUCCGAGACCUGGAUGCAUGCGUGGAGCACAUCAUGGUUCCCCUGCAGGCAACUCAGAUGGGGAAUGUGGAUUUCGAGGUCCUUUUUGGAAAUAUCCAUGCUGUGAUAGACAUUUCAAGGAGAUUAUUAGCAGCUCUGGAGAACUCGGACUCUGCUGGAUUGGUAUUCUUGGAGCACAGAGGAGAGCUAGAGAAUGUGUACAAAGAAUAUUGCCAGAAUCAUGAAGACACCAUUGCUCUCUUAGAAGCGUAUGAGAAAGAUGAGCGAUUCCAGAAGCACCUCCUGGACUGCAUGGAAACCAUGAAGAGUCUUUACAGAGAAUGGGGCCGCACAAACUACAUUAAUUUGGGUUCUUUCCUUAUCAAGCCUGUGCAGAGGAUCAUGCGUUACCCGCUACUCCUCAUGGAACUUCUGAGCGCCACCCCAGAUUCACAUCCCGACAAAUCCCCUCUGAAAGAAGCCGUAAUGACUGUGAAGGAAAUAAACGUCAACAUCAAUGAAUACAAACGUAGGAAAGAUCUAGUUUUGAAGUAUCGCAAAGGAGAUGAAGAUAGCUUGAUAGAUAAAAUAUCCAAACUGAAUAUCCACUCGAUAAUCAAGAAAUCCAAUCGGGUCAGCAGUCACCUGAAACACCUCACUGGGUUUGCCCCGCAGAUCAAAGACGAAGCAUUUGAAGAAACUGAGAAAAAUUUCAGAAUGCAAGAAAGGCUGAUCAAAUCAUUCAUUCGAGAUCUGUCCGUCUAUCUGCAACAUAUCAGGGAAUCUGCCUGCGUUAAAGUGCUGGCCGCCAUGAGUAUGUGGGAUUUGUACACAGACAAAGGAACCAGUGACCUGGAGAAGUUUCAGAAAGCUCACAGGCACAUCAGCGAGAAGCUUUUCACCGAGUUUAAGGAGAGAACGGAGAAGUUGGUUAUUUCGCCUUUGAACCAGCUGCUUACAAUGUUUGCCGGGCCUCACAAAUUGGUCCAAAAACGUUUCGACAAACUCCUUGACUAUCACAACUGCACCGAACGUGCAGAGAAGCUGAAGGACAAGAGGACCUUGGAGGAGCUUCAGUCGGCCAGAAAUAACUACGAGGCCCUGAACGCCCAGCUUCUCGACGAGCUGCCGAAGUUUCACAAUUACGCCAAGGAGCUGUUUGCCAGCUGCGUGCGCGGCUACGCCAAUGCCCAUUGCGACUUUGUGAAGCUUGCCCUGGAAGAGCUAAAUCCUCUUCUGACAUUGCUGGGAAUCGGUAGCAGGGAAGGGAACCUCAUUUCCCUGUUCCAAGAAGAACACAACAAGGCUCUCCAGCAGCUUCAGCUAUUUACAUUUUUCCCCGAAAACCCUCCUCCUGUCAAAAAACCUUUCGAGAGGAAAACAAUCGAACGCCAGUCUGCACGAAAGACCAUUCCAAACCCAUCCAAAUAUGUACAACAGUUGGAUGACCAUCGGACAGCUCUGCUGGCGAGAUACCCACCAGACAAACUCUACCAGGCCGAUCGAAACUUUAAUGCCGCUCAGGAUCUGGAUGUUUCCGUUCAGGAAGGUGACCUCGUUGGAGUGAUAAAGCAACAAGACCCGAUGGGCAGUCAGAAUCGAUGGCUCAUCGACAAUGGAGUCACGAAAGGUUUUGUUUACAGCUCUUUCUUGAAGCCGUAUAACCCAAGGCGUAGUCAUUCCGAUGUCUCCGUUGGCAGCCACUCUUCCACUGAAUCGGGUUAUGGCGGCUCAUCUCCCAACUUCUCAAGACAGAAUAGCAAUAGCACGUUAACACUCAACCACAGCUCCUCAUCUGUCACCUUUACAACAACUUCUUCAACAAAAUCCAGCUCUGAUUCCACGCUUUCAGGCAGCAGCCUAUCAAACUCCAGUGUUACAUCCAAGCAAGCGCCUUCUGGUGCCAACCAGUCAAAAGGAGCGUCUGAAAGCGAUCCUGCGAUGCUCCCGUGUACGAAUGAUAAGGGUCCUGGAGGUUCAAGAGAGAACAUAGCUGCUACAGACUCUGCUCCACAGACUAAGCCGGCAGAACCCAGACGCCGUGGAAGCCAGCCGGAAAAUGGGCAUAACGGCGGAGACAAAGGACGCGUCUUAGAUAAUCCUAAAGCAUAUCGAAGGAAAGCUCGUUCUCCUCUUUCAGUUGACCUGGAGGAAGAUGAUUGUGAAUCGGAAGGGAACCAGCUGCAGGUGUAUUAUGCGGUUUACACUUUUGAGGCGCGCUCCCAAAACGAACUGUCCGUGUCGGCCAAUCAGAAACUGAAGAUUCUGGAGUUCAGAGACAUGAAUGGGAACAAUGAAUGGUGGCUGGCUGAAGUAGAAGGGAGAAGAGGCUACGUGCCAUCCAGCUACAUCCGUAAAACCGAGUACACGUGAAACG